GUAUACAUUUCGCACACUCUGUUUUAGCUCUCACAUUUCAAUUGUGAUGUUGGUUAUCUAACCAAAUUUGUAUCAGUGCCAGUGCUAACUUGCAAAAUAUCAUGUGUACACUGAGUUUUAAUGACAAACUUAGUUGUGAAAAGCAAAAUGGCAGCGUUCAUACCAGGCAUUGGAAAGAUUUUAUGUCGUGUUUCGCCCUUACUUCUACAAAAUAUUCGUCAGAAUAAGAGGUUAUUUGUUAGGCUAUGGACAAAGGAUGUGUUUCCAGGUAUGCAGUACAGCGUCUCUCUGUGCACGGCAGCCUCACUUGAGAUCCCGAGUGAUGCCGCGGAGGCUUCAGCCCGCUACAAGGACAGUCCAUGGGACUACCUGGAAAGCGAAGAGUACAUAGCGCGAUACGGAAACAGUCCGGUGUGGUCUGACUACAGGAGGAACCACAAAGGAGGGAUUCCCCCCCAGAAAACACGCAAGACUUGCAUUCGAGGUGACAAGAUAUGUGGGAACCCCUGUCCAAUCUGCCGAGACCCCAACAUAAUUAUUCACCAUCAGAAUGUGAAGCUGUUGCAGCAGUUCAUCAGUCCGUAUACAGGCAUGGUUUAUGAUGGAACACGAACAGGAGUGUGUGAGAAGCAACAAAAGCAACUUAACAAGGCUAUUGGUGCUGCAAGAGACCAUGGGCUGCUGGCUUUCCAAAUUCCUCAUGUAGACUUCGCGGGCGAGGACUACUCCAAUUCCCAUGAUGCAGUGGGCUUGACCCCAGCUCCCCCCACUGUAAAUUCUAGCAACCCUUGGUACUGGUGGUACGACACCAUACAACCAGAUGAGACUGAGGUGGCUAAAGUCAGGAAGACCUACAAGGCAUAUUUGAAAUAGACUAGGAGGGUCUUUCAAAGUUAUCAUGAAAAUUUGAGCUCUGGACUCUGAGCAAGUUUGUUUAUUUUGUAUAGAAACAACUCAUAAGUAUAAAAGUGAUUGGUUUAGGUGACUGUCAGUGUUCACAAAUGGCUUGUCCUAUGAAAUGUUAACCCGGAUCACUGAUUCAUUCCAGUCCUUUCUCCCAUCUGUAAUAAUUGUCUAAUUAUAUUGUUUUGCAUUUAGAGAAAGCUGUACAAUAAAACCACUUAAGAUGCAAAA